AUGGCGUACCACGACAACACCAGAUACAACGACUACGGCACCACGUCCGAGCGCCCAACGGGUCUCUUGACUCGCUUCGUCCCCGAUAAGCUCAAGCACUCGGGCCUCUACCGUUGGUUUCUCCGCUUGACACGUGUUGGACAAUUCCUCUCGUCGAUCAUCUCCCUCGGCCUUUUCUCCGCUCGUCUCAAGAAAGUCUACAACAUCGUUAAUGUCAUCAAGACCCGACGUGGCGUCAACGCUGCCUUUGGCGCGGUUGAGGGUAUUCUCGCUGCCGCUGCCUUGUACACUCUUGUCGGCAUGAUCAUGUCUCUGCUUCUCAAGGGUGGUGGUCCUCGAUGGCUUCGCUGGCUCUGGGUUCUUCUGGAUAUUGCCUUUGUUGGAGGUUUCAUUGCUGUGUCUGUUCUCACUCGACCUAAUGGUGGUCCGGCUGGCCCAAGACGUUGCUAUGACGCACAGGGUAUUUCUGGUGUUUUCCAGAAUAAUUCCAACACUACUGAUGACAGCUGCAACUUGCCCUGGGGUACUUUUAUUCUCGCUAUUCUUAGCACUCUCAUGCAUGCUGUUACUGCUUCCUUCCACGAGAUCAAGGAGCGCCGCAAGGAGCAUCACGUCGAAAAGCAUCCCGAGCCUGUUCACCAAGACCCUUACGUCCAGCCUACCAACGUUCCCCAAACCCACGCUCAGCAGCCCCAUGUUGCCCAGCCCCAUGCGGAGCCAGGUUACCCUGCGCACCACAACGUUCAACCUGGCCAUGUUCAACAGGGUCAUAUGCAGCCCGGUCAUACCCAGCAAGGACACGUUGGUCACAACACAGCGGCCUACUAA